GACGACGUGUGUUGUUCCUGACGUGUUGUGUGUCUUCAGCUUUCUGUGCUCUGCAAUAUUAGCAUCUUUCAACCAUGUCUAUUGAAAUAGAGUCAGCAGACGUGAUUCGUCUGAUCAUGCAGUACCUGAAGGAAAACAGCUUGCAUCGGACUUUAGCAAUGCUCCAGGAGGAGACGACGGUGUCCCUCAACACCGUGGACAGUAUUGAGAGUUUUGUGGCUGACAUCAACAGCGGUCACUGGGACACCGUCCUGCAGGCUAUACAGUCCCUCAAACUCCCUGACAAGACCCUUAUUGACCUUUACGAACAGGUUGUUCUUGAGCUGAUUGAACUCCGAGAGUUGGGCGCUGCAAGGUCUUUGUUAAGGCAGACAGAUCCCAUGAUAAUGCUCAAACAGACUCAACCUGAACGGUACAUCCAUCUGGAGAAUCUUCUGGCACGCUCUUACUUUGAUCCACGAGAGGCCUAUCCUGAUGGAAGCAGUAAAGAAAAACGGAGAGCAGCUAUAGCUCAGGCUCUUGCUGGUGAAGUCAGUGUGGUGCCACCCUCACGUCUCAUGGCUCUGCUUGGACAGUCUCUGAAGUGGCAGCAGCAUCAGGGUCUUCUUCCCCCCGGCAUGACCAUUGAUUUGUUCAGGGGUAAAGCUGCGGUGAAGGAUGUAGAAGAGGAACGAUUCCCAACACAGCUGGCCAGACACAUCAAGUUUGGUCAGAAGUCUCACGUGGAGUGUGCGCGCUUCUCUCCUGAUGGCCAGUAUCUGGUCACUGGAUCUGUGGAUGGAUUUAUUGAAGUGUGGAACUUCACUACUGGUAAAAUCAGAAAGGAUCUGAAGUAUCAGGCUCAGGAUAACUUCAUGAUGAUGGAUGAUGCGGUGCUGUGCAUGUCUUUUAGUCGGGACACUGAAAUGCUGGCCACAGGAGCCCAGGAUGGCAAGAUUAAGGUGUGGAAGAUUCAGAGCGGUCAGUGUCUCCGGCGGUACGAGCGCGCUCACAGUAAAGGCGUCACCUGUCUCAGCUUCAGUAAAGACAGCACUCAGAUUCUCUCUGCGUCCUUUGACCAGACUAUUAGGAUUCAUGGGUUAAAAUCAGGCAAGUGUUUGAAGGAGUUUCGAGGUCAUUCUUCAUUUGUGAAUGAAGCCACGCUCACUCCUGACGGUCAUCACGCCAUCAGUGCUUCCUCUGAUGGAACUGUGAAGAUCUGGAAUAUGAAGACCACAGAAUGCACCAGCACAUUUAAGUCUCUGGGCACCUCUGCAGGAACUGACAUUACCGUUAACAACGUUAUUCUGCUCCCCAAAAACCCGGAGCAUUUCGUAGUGUGUAACCGAUCCAACACCGUCGUCAUCAUGAACAUGCAGGGCCAGAUUGUUAGGAGUUUCAGCUCCGGUAAAAGAGAAGGUGGUGAUUUUGUGUGCUGUACUCUGUCUCCGCGUGGCGAGUGGAUCUACUGUGUGGGAGAGGACUUUGUGCUUUACUGUUUCAGCACAGUCACAGGCAAACUGGAGAGAACGCUGACUGUUCAUGAGAAGGACGUGAUCGGUAUCGCCCACCAUCCGCAUCAGAAUUUAAUCGGCACGUACAGUGAGGAUGGACUGCUCAAACUCUGGAAGCCGUAACAUUGAGAUGGAGACAAGUACAACAUGUUGGCUAUUUUUUACUAUCCUUUUUUUGUAUAUACACAUUUUUUUAAGUGUAGUAGAUAACAUUUUAUUUCUACAGUGUGUUAUUUGGCUAGUCUGAACUAUUCAUGAAGUUUUUG